AUGCCUUGUAACAACGAAGAGGACAUAUUCUUCGAUGAUGCAUUCACAUUCCCGUCAGAUUCAUUCAUCUUUAAAAUCAACGGUAUGCUAACCGCUAUGAUCAAGGACAGUAUUCCAUCUUUUGCACAAGUGCUGGACCAUCUACCAGAAAGAGAGGAGCAUAAAUUUCCUUCUAGUCGUGUGCAUAUCUUUUACGAUGACGAUAAAACAAAGAGCGAUGACGAUUGUCAUUUCUCGACUGUGAUCCGCUUUUCUUCUUCAUCGGAGCCAGGUAAGAAUGCUACAGUUCGGAAAACGUCCACUACAACUAAGAUAGUCGACGGCAAAAAGGUGGUCACGAAACGAACAGAGAACGACGGCGAGGAGGUGAUCGAGGUUCUGGAAGACGGUGAGCUGAAAUCCAGAACAGUAAAUCCUUCCGUCGCUGUCACCGCAGCUAAAUAG